CCUUAGCCGAGGAUGCGAGGCGAGGAUCCAUCGGCUCGUGAGACGUUGCUCCGAGUAGCGACGAUUGAAGGAGCCGUCGCCGCCGCCGCCGCUUGCCGCUGCGCGCCCCCGCCCCCGUCCGGUCUCUCCCCCCACGCCGAUCUGCUACUCCCAAGCCGGUGGCCGGAGUUCGCGCGGCCCUCGGUCUCACCCGGAUUCGGCGUCCGAGCCAUCGCUAGAGCUCGCACCCUCUGCGGGACCGCCUGCUCGGUUCUUUACAUUCACCGCUUCGUGCCUCGUUCCCUGCCGCGACUCCUCGACUUCAACGCCCUCGCGAGUCGCGAAGCCGCGACGGCGCUGCUGCUGCACGAAGGCGCCCGGUGAAUCUCCGACUUGACUCCGGCGAGACCACGACGGCGACCUUCCCUUGUCUCCCCACUGGCUGCGGCCCCUCGCCCCCUCUGCGGUGACUGCUGGCCGCCUGGCUGCCCAACCAGAUUGAUAUGAGCUGAUCAUCCCUGGCUGUGUAGUUCCUUCUGCAAUGGUUUACUGCACUCACUGCGCUGAUUACUGUCCCUCCAUAAAGGACCCUGACAAAGGAUACAUAUGUUGUGGUACAUGUGGGAAGGUUCUUGAUCAGGAGGUAUACACUGAGGAGCCUACUUUUGUUAAGGGUAACACAGGGGAGAGUCGCUUAGCUGGAAGUAUUCUUGCAAGUAUUGAGUCUGGAUAUUCGAUUUCUCAUCAAAGAACCUUAGACAAAGGGAAGGAUGAGAUUAGACAGAUUGUCAAUAACUUAAAUGUCAGUGGUGGAGAAACUAUCGUUAGCAAGGCUUAUCGCUUCUAUGAGCUAGCUGUUGACCGUAAUUUUACCAGGGGCCGUAGAACAACCCAUGUUGCAGCUGCUUGCCUUUACAUUGCCUGCAGGCAAACUAAGAAAGCUUAUCUUCUUAUUGAUUUCUCUGACUAUCUCCAAAUAAGCGUUUAUGUCCUAGGUGCUGUUUUUCUCCAGCUCUGCCAAGUUUUGCUACUCGCAGAUCAUCCAGUUGUUCAGAAACUUGUAGAUCCCAGCCUUUUCAUCCAUCGUUUUACACACCGUUUGCUCGGAAAAAGAGAUAAUGCUGUCUCAGACACAGCUUUACGCAUUGUAGCUAGCAUGAAGAGAGAUUGGAUGCAGACUGGGAGGAAGCCAAGUGGAUUGUGUGGUGCAGCAUUAUACAUCGCUGCACUCUCUCAUGGGAAAAAUUACACCAAGGCAGAUAUUGUCUCUGUUGUGCAUGUGUGUGAGGCCACUCUAACGAAGCGAUUGAUAGAGUUCGAAAAUACCGAUUCUGGCAGCUUAACAAUUGAAGAAUUUCUGGCAACAGCUGAUGAAUAUAAUGAAGAGCCUGUUCCAAAACAUUCGCCCAAGUCUGGAGAAAUCCUUUGCAAACACAAGAAUAAAAAAGGUUUUGAACAUUUUGCCCAUGGACUUUGCGAAAAAUGCUACAAUAAGUUCACUAAACUGUCGGGUGGACUAGAAGGUGGUGCUGACCCUCCAGCAUUCCAACGAGCUGAAAAGAAAAGACUUGAAGCUGCUAAAAGGGCUGAAGAAGCUGCCACAGUUAAGGAGGCAGCGCUGGAAGAAUCUCUUUGCAACACACAGAAUUCUGAAGUUGAGAGUACCAUAACUCCUAGAAAGGGUUUAAGCGGACAUAAAUCUUCAACAGUUGGAUCUGGUGAACUCAUAAAUGACUCUGUGCCACCCAAGGAUCCUGAAGAGGGAGGUGAAAAUUGUGAAGGCAAUGCUGAUUCAGAAAGCCUUUCUGACAUCGACGAUGCAGAGGUUGAUUGGUACCUUCACAAUGAGGAAGAAAAACAGUAUAAAAAGAUUAUCUGGGAGGAAAUGAACAAAGAAUACCUUGAGGAACAAGCAGCCAAGGAAGCUUUGGCAGCUGAAUUGGCAGCUAGAGGGAUUGUUGUGGAAGAGGGAAAGAAGAAAAAACGAAGACGUAAUGAAGACACCAAGAGCUCGACACCUGCUGAAACACCGGCAGAAGCCACAUACAACAUGCUGAAACGGAAGGGACUUGGUUCAAAGAUCAAUGAGGGAGCUGUUGGCGAAUUGUACAAGACUAAAGAUGAAGUUGGCAGCGCAAGUAAGGAAGAAGAGAUGGACUUUGACGCACUGUUUGGGCCGGACAAUGCUGAUGGUGAAACUGUUGAUGAUGGUUACAAUGGGGGCUAUAACGACGAUGGCGUAGAAGCCUACAAUGGCAUUGACGAUGAUUUUGAUUUCUAGGAUGUAGCAGCAUUUGCCGAACGGCAAAGCUGACCAGCACGGGCACGAUUCUUCAUGUGUACAUUAUAUAGUUUCUUUUGUUUUGGCUAAGUUUCAACUAUUAUUACGGAGCUAUUGGAUAGUCAACAUAGUUUUGCUUGUAUAAUAAUAAUAUUUGAAACUAGGUUCUGCCUGGUUGUAGUUGUAACUAAGUCCUGUGUGCUCAAGCUCCUAAAAGGGCAUUGUAGAUCCACCCCAAAAGAUUGCAAGCGGUGAUGUAACAUUUGUAUUAUUAAUAAUAAAGGAACUGAGCCGUCUUAGACUA